AUGGCUAGGAAGAUUGCGUCUAUUAUCGGUACUUUCGAAGAGAUGGAUACAAGAGAAGCAUGUAAGAAUGGGCGCUUUCUGAGAAUCAAGGUUAUGGUGGACCUAAAAUCUCCACUGAAGAGAGGAAUAGUGGUAAAAUUCAAAGAGAAGAACCUGCGGGUGCAUUUCAAAUAUGAGAGGUUACCGACUUUUUGUUUCGUCUGUGGGAGGAUCGGGCACCAACUGAAAGACUGUGAGUCCCUUGAAGAGCUAACUGAAGAAGGUUUUGAGGAGCUGGAGGAACAGGAUUUAUCCUAUGGGCAAUGGUUAAGAGCUUCACCGUUACCCAAGAUGAGUGAGCAAGUUAGGAAGAAGGAGUCCAGUUCUGGUACGUGUAGUAAGAACUUGUUCAAUGCCCCUUCUAGUCGGAGUAGAUGUGAUCCGAAGGAGAAAGGCUUGAUGGAGGAAAAUGAAGUGCAACAAGUUCAUGAGGGUGGAGAUCCAAGGGUGCUUGUUUCAGAAAACUCAAAGGCAAAACUAGAUGGGUUAGACAUUGAGACAGUAGCUGAAUCUUUGGGCGCUGUGGAUCUGUCCGUAGCAGAACCGGUGGAAACCAUGAAGAGGUAG